AUGGCCUCGCCAAGUCUGGACAAGGACGCCGCGGACGCGCCCGCAUUCCCGCAGGACCCGGCGGAUUUUGACAGCGAUCCUCGCAUUUCUUUUUCGAAGCUCGACGACAAAUUCAUUCUGGAGACAGAAGACGGGCAAGAAUAUGAAUACGACACCGGUAUAAAGCGUUGGGUCGAUGAGGAACUGCUACGUAAGCAGCAGGAGGCCUACAAGGUGGAAGGCGUCGACGACGAGGAGAAUGUUCAUCCGCGCGAUAAAAAACGAAAGCUACCGGACGGGCAGAACAGAGAAGGCAAGGUGAAAAAGCCGCGAGUCAACCAUGCUGUCUGGAUCACCGGUCUUCCUCUUGAUGCGGAGCGUGAUGAGAUCGAGAAGAGUUUCUCUCGCUGGGGAGUGAUCGCACGAGAGAUCGACAGCGGCGCCCCGCGAGUCAAGAUGUACUACGAUGACGAAGGCAAAUUCAAGGGCGAGGCUCUGGUGGUCUAUUUUCGGCCGGAAUCCGUCGCGUUGGCUAUUCAAAUGGCCGAUGAGACGUCGCUACGAGGGCCGACGACUCUUUCUGGAGGUGCAGACUCCAUGCGAGUCCAGGCGGCUGAAUUGUCUUUUAAGAGUCAGACGGACAAGCCGGAUAAGCCGAGUGGUCGCGAUAGACGGAAGAUUCAGGAGCGAACAAAUCAAUUGAACAGCUUACUGACCGAUUGGGAUGACGACGAUCCCGGUCUUCAAGUCCGUGCCGCCACCAACCAGGACAGAACGGUGGUGUUGAAACACUUGUUCACUUUAGAAGAGCUCAAGGUCAGUCAAGUUCUGCAACGAUUGAUCGAGAGGGAAUUAAAAGUAUCAACCAUUCUAACAAACUGGUUGAAGAACGAUGUCGAGGCGAUUCUAGAUAUCAAAGAGGAUGUACGGACAGAAUGCACCAAGAUCGGAGAAGUCACAAAUGUUGUGCUCUAUGACCAGGAGCCCGAAGGAGUGGUCACUGUGAAGUUUGCACAAGCCGAGGAUGCCCAGGAAUGUGUAACGCGACUGAACGGCCGGUUUUUUGGCGGUGACCGGAUUGAGGCCUACGUCAACACUACGGGAGAAAAAUUCAAGAAGAUGAACGAACGACGGGCUGCGCUUGAGGACAUGGCCGAGCGAGGAAUUGACGCCGAGGACGACGAAGAAGAUGAGCGACUUAAAGGAUUUGGAGAUUGGCUUGAAAACGACAAAUAA